CACGUGCUAAUAACUUCUCUUAUUAUAAUUGCACUGCAGUAUUUUUUACCGUUCGGAGGCUCUCGAGAAUGGCACUGCAUUGCAGAAUUUCACACCUCUUAGUAUGAAUCAUUCAAACUGCAUCGCAACCGUUAGGUCACAUACUCUCAACUCAAACGAAGCUGCAGAUCUCAUGGAACCAAUCAUGUUUCGCUACAUAAGCAUAACUACUGUGGUUCUACUUUGUCUAGUGCAUUCAACGCGAUCUGCCCUCGAAUUCCCUAUGGGAACAUCAAAUGGUUUUUUAAUUGCAAUUGCCAUUCCGUUGGAAGUACCCGGCCGAAAUAUCUAUCUGUCGCACAACUUCGAAAUGAACUACGUGCUGCCGUCCAAUGCCACCCAGUAUCGGCUAUGGUACAAUCUGUUCAAGAACACAAAAUACAAUGUGGCCGAAGCGGUGCGCCGGAGGCGCAAUAUUCCCGAAAAAAGCAGUCUCAGUCGACGGUUCGUGUAUGAGCUUCUUGCAGAACGGAUGGACCUAUAUGGCUACAACGGGACUGCUUGCAUUCAUAAGGCGAUAUGUGAAACAUUCGAUGAGCCGUUCUACCAUUACAAUGGCGUGCUGGGAGACAUUGCUCACGUGGUGUUCAGUCCUUCUGCUUCGGAAGAUGAGGAGCUGCCACGGUCGUAUUAUAUAGCGGAAAUCGAUGGACACAUGAAGAAUUGUGUUAGAUAUGGCGAGUUUUGUCCGACAGGUAUUUUUGACCUAGUUUCAGUUGUAACCCAUGCUUGAUUUUGGA